AUGUCGGCUGCCAACAAGAACACUGGAUCUCAACAGACCAAUGGUGGAACUUCCAAUGCUCCAACCGCUCGCAGUUAUAGUGCAUUUGAGCUCGAUGUUGCUGCCACUUUAGCUAGCAUGGGGGCGAUCACAGCUAAUCGAGCAACAACACCAUCGCUCGCGGCAGCAGGCACAAGUUCAACAACUCUCGACGAAGCAACUGUCCUUGCUAGUCCUCCUGCCUCCCAACAGCCAGAUACGGCUGCUUCCGUUACUAGCAAUACCCCCGUCGCCAAAACGAACCCCAAACGCCAAAUAAAGAAGGCGAAGAAGCCAGCUGACGACGACACCUCUGGCAUCGAGCCACCACCGAAUACUCCCGCCUCUUCUCCUCCCACAUCGCCAGCUCGAGAGAGCGUUACCGCUGCGCGCUGCCUCCAACUAGAGGCCGGUGUCCGUGACUUAGUUUCCGAUCUUGGUCUCCUGAAGGGAGUCUUCUUGGACUACGCCACCCCCGCCGAUGCCAACCACCGCGCCGUCAGCGAAGCUGGCUACGACUCUCUUGGUUCCCUGUUCGUCUUGGAGGACGAGAUCAAGCAGCUGCUCCGCCGGGUGCAGGAGCGCGAGCAGGGAGAGGAAGGGGAGGAGACCCAAGCCGAGUACGACGAGGGGGAGGAGUUCGGCCAGCUGGACGGCCGCUUCCAGGCUGCGCUCACUGCCAUCACGGCUCUCCGGGUCAAGCUGGAAGGCGCGGACGAGAAUGUGGCGGCCGGCCUGCUGCAGGCUGGCGACGUUCAGUACAAGCUGAUCGGCACCAAGCCGAAGACGAACGUCGUUGGGAAGCACCACCACCCCCACAUCACGGCCAGCGCUCCGCCAACGCCCGCCAACGAGCCGUCGGUCGGGCCUGCUCCUCCUGCUCCUGCUCCGGCUCCGGCUUCCCAGAAGCGCCGCUCUGGGGAGGAGAUUGAUCGGGAGAUUGCCCGCAAGCGGGCCAAGAUGCAGGAUCUGGAGGACGAGAUCUACAACCUGCGCAAGGAGAAGGAGGGCUUAGCGCAACCAAUGUAA